UAUAUAAACACCGAUCUUUUCGUAAGUUUCAGUUCAGUUUUCAGCACAUAAGACCGAGUGACAGGCACUUCGGUCAUGGCGACGUUGAGAAACCACUGAUAUAGAGGAGUUAAUGAUCUGUUAUUGAAGUUUAGAGGAAGAAUUAAUUUGCUGAUAAUGACUAGUACUCGAAAAUUCAGUGGCAACACACUUGGUAGUGGAUUGACAAGUAGAAGUAGUAGUGAGCAGAGUAAAUUAACAAAUGUAAAGAGGCAACUUUGUUUGCCGAGUCAAAAUGAAGUUCCUAAAAGUUUGGGGGGCGGGGAUGCUGCGUCGAGAAAGUGUCAUUUGUGUGCCGAGCAGAUGACUUGUUUGUUGCCUCUGGUGAUCAGACGCAGGAAGACGCGGUUUGGGGUGGUUUAUAGUCAGUCAAGUUCUGGGUAUGGUGUGGAUUCCACUGGUGUGCAGGAGAGAUUAAUUUUAGAAGAAGAAGAGCGCGACAUCGUUAAUGGUUCGAGAGAUGAAGAAAUUGAGUCAACCGGGGUUCCAAUCAAUCUACCACAUUCUUCAGAUGUCAAACAUGAGCUUAUAAUGCUUUCUUUGCCUGCAAUUGCUGGACAGGCUAUUGAUCCCUUUGCCCAGUUGAUGGAGACAGCUUUUAUUGGCAGAUUAGGUCCUGUAGAGUUGGGUUCUGCUGGUGUUUCUGUUAUGAUCUUUAACAAUAUAUCAAAGCUAUUCAAUAUUCCUCUUCUAAGUGUUGCAACAUCUUUUGUUGCUGAAGACAUUGCAAAGAAUGCAACCAAAGAUACUAAUUCAGAAAAGGGCAUUCAGGAAGAAAACAGUAAUAAUGGUAAACCUAUUGGGGUGGUUGAAAGAAAGCAACUAUCCUCUGUGUCCACUGCUUUACUAUUAGCUAUUGGGAUUGGAAUCUUUGAGGCUGUAGCUUUGUCUCUGGGAUGUGGAUCAUUUCUUAACUUGAUGGGCAUAACAGUGGGUUCACCAAUGCGCAUUCCUGCAGAACGAUUUCUUUCACUGAGAGCCUUUGGUGCUCCUGCUGUUGUAGUUUCCUUGGCUCUGCAAGGCAUUUUUCGUGGCUUCAAGGAUACUAAAACUCCUGUUUUUUGUCUUGGUUUGGGUAAUUUAUCAGCUAUAUUUUUGUUUCCCACACUCAUGUAUUAUCUUAAGUUGGGGGUCACUGGGGCGGCUAUUUCCACAGUAGUUUCGCAAUACCUUGUUACUAUUUUGAUGGUUUGGCAGCUAAAUAAGAGGGUUAUAUUAUUACCUCCAAAGAUUGGAGAACUCCAAUUUGGCGUCUACAUGAAAUCUGGUGGCUUUCUUAUUGGAAGAACUCUUGCUGUUUUAAUGACCAUGACAUUGGCAACAUCAAUGGCAGCUCGUCAAGGUGUGGUAGCAAUGGCUGCACAUCAGAUAUGUAUGCAGAUAUGGUUGGCUGUAUCUCUUCUCACAGAUGCAUUCGCUGGAUCUGGUCAAGCUCUAAUUGCAAGUUACUCAUCAGAAGGUGACUACAUGACUGUGAAAGAAGUCACAAACUUUGUUUUAAAGAUUGGACUAGUUGUGGGUGUUUUCUUGGCUGUGAUUCUGGGUGUAUCUUUUGGUUCCAUAGCCACCUUGUUUACCAAGGAUGCUGAUGUAUUAAGAAUUGUGAGAACUGGGAUAUUGUUUGUUAGUGCUAGCCAACCUAUCAAUUCCCUAGCUUUUAUUUUUGAUGGUCUACAUUAUGGUGUUUCUGACUUUCCAUAUGCAGCGAAAUCUAUGAUGUUGGUUGGAUUAGUAUCAUCUGCCUUUCUGCUCUAUGCUCCACCAAUUAUGGGGCUCCCUGGGGUUUGGUCUGGUUUGGCUCUCUUUAUGGGCUUGCGUACAGUGGCAGGAUAUAUGAGAUUACUAUCAAAAUCUGGUCCAUGGUGGUUCAUGCAUGAGGAUUUGGAGGCUGUUCAGGUUGGCUAGUGUUCAGGAUACGGGUAACCCUUUUUCCUGUUUAAUUUCCCCUCGCUGUAAUUAUUUAGUUGCUUAGUUUUGAUUUCCACUAGACUUAAUUCUGCCAGAAAAUUCUUAACCAGGCAAUUUAGCCUUCAGAAAGGCAACGUACAAUAAUAAAAAGGGAGGACAAAAACAGAACUUCAGAUGUUGGAUUAAUGUCCAGGUAGUGCAGGUAAAGAGUUAUGAUACAGGGUAGACCAACAUUGCUUGCUUCUUUAUUGAUGUGAAGGUCAUUGUUUUACACUGCUGAUUAAAGAACCACAUUGAAUAGCAAUUUUGACUCAAAAGUUGUUUUGUUUCCCCUAACCUUAAUUCACUGAUGAUCAAGAAGUUUCAGUAAAAAAAGGAAAAAAACAUUCAAAUCAUGCACCUGUUGGGUAUUGCACACUGUAUUGAGUAGAGAUAAUUGGUUAUUUUUCAUCUGCUUUAUUUU